GUGGCGGCCAUAUUUACAGAAACAUAAACUUCAUGUUUAGGCCGAUGGCUUUGCCAAAGCCUUAAUAAAUUUAAAAAAAAAUCCGCUUGUAUGCGGCUUGUUUUUUUGCUUGUUUUGUUUUAUAUUUCGAGGAAAUUGUUUCCUUUCAAAAGUUGAUCAUACUAAUUUGUUAAGUCCUUUAUAAAUUUUAUGCAAGUGACCCAUAAAAAAAUUCUUAAAGUUAAAUACCAAUCGAGUAAUUAAUGUUUCAGUGAUCCAUUUAUUACGCCCAAUAAGCUCGACAAUGAUUAUUUUUUUGAGUGAAUUGCAGAGAGAACACCUUAGCUUACUACAUCAACAUUCUGCGCAAGUCCUAGUGGAUUUUUGUAAGCUGGCCAUUGACUAUCUAAAUAAUGGGAGUAACCCUAAAAAGUAUGGAAUUGCGGCAGAAAAACUGGAUGUGUCUAUAUCUGUUGUACAAAACGUAGUUCAUGCAUUGGUUUAUCUUUUAGUUGAAGGAUGCAAACACAAUCUAACAGAACCAGACUUCAAGUCAUCGUUAGCAAUUGCAGGGUUCUCUCCAGAUAAACAAGAGGUGUUGUUAAAGUUGUAUAUCACGAAGAAAAACGAGCUAUCAAUAGCUUUGAAUUUAUUACAACAGAAAGAUCCUAGCUAUCAAGACUUUACUUGGCGAUUUGAAGUUCAGGUAGCAUCAAGAUACAUCAGCGAACAAAUCAAACCAAUGGUAGCCAUGGACUUUAUACUAAUGAGUCCAAAGAACUUCGGUCAAUCGAGCAUGGACAAACUUGGACAGACUCAAAACAAAUGUAUAUCUUCAGUAUAUAUUAAUUCUAGUGUACAAGAUGCUAAAGCCACAAGCCAUUGCCAAAAUGUUAUAAACCAUGUUUUACUACAAUGUGAUUUGCCGAAUUUAGUACAUCUUACUAAUAAACUGGAAUUAGCCUUAAAAGAAUCUAAAAGUCAGCAUGUUAGAAAAGUACAAAGAGCACUGUAAAUUGUAAUCGAGGCUAUCAGCGCAAAAGUGGUGUAAACUACAUUUUAUUUGUAUACAAUACUACUUUUAAUGA